UAACCAGAGCGACAUGGGGCGGCCCGUCAAUGACGAGGAGCUACAUGCUGAUGAGAAGGACGAAGAGGCUGCAGAGGGUGCGGGGGACAAUAAUGCAGAUGCAGCCGCUCCACCUGGCAAACCGCAACCUUCUGCUGCACCGGGUGAAGAGGCGCUACCAGGCGCUGGUGCCGCAGCAAGUGGAGCUGCAAACGCCAGUGGGGAGCAAAUGUCUGGCUCCGGAGCGGAGGCUGCUGCACCUGAAGCGGCAGUGGGCCCAGGCGGCAGCUCUGCUGCAAACAGUGACGCCGGGCAGGCUCCCGCGAAGGACACAAGCGACAUUUCUCCGCCCGGCGCAGUUGAGGUGUCUAAUGGAGACAAUAAGGAGGCGUCGCAGGGAGCCGACAACGCCCCGGCUAAUAAAACCGCUCCACCCGAACCUCAGGCGAUUCCCCCGGCACGCAACGCGGCACCGCUUUCUGGCAACGUCCCCGCUACCUUCAAGAACAUCACUGGCGUGAGGCUCGAUGAAGGAGGCGGUGACGGCGCUGAGUACGGUGGAUGCGUGCGGCGCCUGUUGCUGCUUGUCCUGCUGGGGCUGUGGGGCAUUGCGGCUCUCUCCGCUGCGUAA